AUUGAAACAAUGGCCUAAAUAUUAGUUGUAGGGUUUCAUUAGACAAAAAUGUGAUUAGUUUAGGGAUUCACAAAAAUGUGAGUUGGAAUCUCGUAACAUUGUUCGGCCGCCUAAAUUUCCGUCUCCAAAGUUAACAGCAGCACUCCCGUCUCCAAAUUUCCGUCCCAAUUCUCCAUAUCCCAAGCUGUUCAUCUCCCCACCUCAGAGCAGCACAUCCAUCUCGCCUCCGCUCCCAGCAAGGACGACCGCUCCGCCUCUUGUCUCCACCGGCUCACUGUGUCGCCUCCGCCGGCUGCCAAGGUCGUGGCCGUGGCAAUUCCGCCGCCGUAGCCGCCCUAUUUUAGAUUACGGUGAGUCGCCUUCUUCAUCUGCGCUGCGUAAUACCUCCUCCUCCUCCUUUGCUGUGAAUUGUCAUCUUCGUUGCUUAAUCGAUCUCAUUCUGCCUCCCUGUUUUAGAUCUGGUGGUUGUCGGGGCUGCUUUGGCUUGGGCGAGGCAGGAAGGUGAUUUUUAGGGCUGUUGCGAGUUGCUGGGCGGCGCUGAAGUCAUGUGGCAGCGGCGCUGGGGUCUUGUGGCGGCGGCAGUGGGCGGCAUUGGGGCAGAUAGGCUGGGAUGGGGUUGGGAAGCUAGGGGGCGGGGAAGCAGGGGAAGGGGACUGCGGUGGCUGGACGGGGCUAUGAAGCUGGGAGGGGGCGAUUGGAAGAGAUGGGGAGAGGGAUUGGGAAGCAGGGGAGGGGGGAGGGGUGCACGGGAGGGGGAAGGGUGUAGGGGAGGGGGCAGUGGAAGGACUGGUGGUGGGGCAGUGUUUGAAGCUAGGGUGGCGGCCGGGGGUCGCCGGUGGAUGUGGCCGGUGGGGUUAGGCGGUGGUCAAUAGAAUAAGUGGGCGACAGGAGUAAUUGGGCGGUGCUAAGAGCGUCACUGUGGCAUGUGGUGGUCACCGGUAGUGUAGUGGUGCCCCGACGGCGGCUACAGUGACACGGGCGGCGGCCGUAGUGACACGGGCGGUGGUUACAGUGACACGGGCGGUAGCGGCAGUGACACGGGCGGUGACAACAGUGACGUGUUAGGAAGUUUUUACUUGGACUGUAAUUUGCCCCAGACCAGACCAGACCAGUCCAGACCAGACCAGUUCAGACCAGACCAGACCAGACCAGACUUGGAUAGUUAUAAAAAUACAAAGAAACCAGACCUUACUAGACCAGACCAGACCAGUUCAGACCAGACCAGACCAGAUCAGACCAGACCAGCAAAUUACAGUCCAAGUAAAAACAUCCUUAGUGACAUUAAAAACAGGAUAGUGACAUUAAAAUCUGGGAAUGACAUUAAAAUGACCUUUUUGAUCAUUUUUUUGCCCCUUUUUAAAAGUGGUCACUUUUUUUAUAAUUGAUUCAAAAUUAGUAAUAUUGAAGACAAAAGCCCUAAACAAUUUGACCUUAUAUUUGUUUGAGGUUGUCGUAUGGGUGAUAAUCAAAUACUCCCUCCGUUCUUUAUUAUCUGUCUCGCAUUCCUUUUUGGGAUGUUUUUUUUAUUUGUCUUCCUUUCCCUUUAAGGAAAGUUUUUGAGAAAAUACCCUCACUUUUAUUACCUUUACCCCACUUACUUUUUACAAACUACUUUCUCUUUCCUACUUUACCA